ACAGGUAGAAUUUUCUCCAAACCACAAAAGACACCCCCUUCCUGCCAUUCUCUUCUCACAAAUUUGUCAUUGUUUCCUGUCAACGAGCCCAUGAGAAAUACAGAAGAAACAUAAGAGAAAUGAUGGAGCUUGAUUGAGACAAUAGGGUUCUGAUGGACACAGACCAAGCGGUCAAGAAACUGAGGAGAGAAUCUGCUGGGAGAAUUCAGCAGAAAAAGAACAUUGAGAUCCACUUUGUGUCUGAUAUUGGACAGGCUCAACAUUAGAGAAUAAACUGAAAACCAAAGAGACCAAGAUGCUUCAGCUUUGCUUCCUUUUUGUGGGACUCACAGUGGGAACUGCCAACAAAGCAGAUCCUGUCUCUGUCCGAUUGGGGGCAAAGGAUCCUCCUUGUGAGGGGGCAGUGGAGAUAAAGAGCCGGAGCGAGUGGCUGCCUUUGUGUAAAGACUCUUUGAAUGUGAUUGUAUCUGGGCUGAUCUGCAAAUCACUGCAUUGUGGGAACGCAAAGGAGCAGAGCCCUGUAUCUACUGUAACAAAUUCUUCUGUGUAUGUGACAAUAGAGUGUCCCACAGCAAAGUCACUGAGCCACUGCACAUUGUCCCACGUACCAGCCGGGAACUGCUCGGCUCUUGCAAUGAUCAACUGCAAAGAACCACCAUCUCUUAAGCUUGUUGGAGGGGGAAGUCCAUGUGCUGGACGUGUCGAGCUCUUGCUGGACAAGGUUUGGGGUUCUAUUUGUGAUGAUGGCUGGGAUGCCCUUGAUGCCCAGGUGACUUGUCGGCAGCUGGGUUGUGGUUUACCUUUACAAGUUCUUGGAGGGUCCCAUUUUGGGUCUGGGCCAUUAAAGAUUCACAGAGAUGAGAUGAACUGCGACGGCACAGAACAUUUUCUAUGGGAAUGUCCAGCAAAUGAAAGUCAUGAUUGUUUAGCAGGGGAGCAUGCAGGGGUUAUCUGCUCUGAGCACCAGGCUGUGCGUCUGAAUGGGGGCCCAGAUGGCUGCUCAGGACGGAUUGAGGUGUUUCUGAAGGGCGUUUGGGGGACUGUCUGCAACAGUCACUGGGAUGAUGAAGACUCAGAUAUGCUCUGCAAAUAUCUUGAAUGUGGCUCCUUUGUGAAGAAAUCCAUUUAUAAUCAUUCACUUAGCACCUAUAUGGCCUUUAUCUGUCAACAGCAGGUCAAGUCACCCUGGGACUGCCGAAUCCAUGACAAGAACCGUAAUAUAUGUCAGAACGAGGGAGCGGUGGGACUGCUGUGCAACGGUUCCUUGGUGGUGGAAUCAACAACUCAGCAGAGAGAAACAGUGACGUUACCAACCCCAGCAAUCCCAGCGUUGCGGCUGCCUCUCUUCUACGUCUGUAUUGGGCUCCUUGUGCUGCUCCUGCUCUUGAUUCCCGGGUUCUUCCUGAUGAUCUGGAAGCUUCGCAGAAGACAAGGGAUCUCACAUGAUCAUUCCCCAUCAUUCCCCGUCACUACAUUAAGUGAUCCCUCAGUUUCGGCACAGAACAAAUGGUCAGGUGUCCCCACAGCGACUCCUGCAAUGGUUCUGACUCCCAUGAAUGAAUAUAAUGAUUCCGUUCCGGUGCGGGGGAAGCAGCCAGUACCAGUGCAGAUUCCUGUUGUGCCCCAAGCUGUGCAAGUCCUACAGAGUGAUGAUGAUGAUUAUGAUUUUUGCUCCACACCUCCAGUAGCUCUCUCCAGCUUUCAUGACCCAGCGCUGAGGAGAGACGUGAGACAGAGAGGGGCAGGGGCAGAAGAGCAGGACUGUGUUGGGAGACAAGAAUCCCAUGAAACUCAUCGCUCUUCCAGUACGUCUUCUGAGGAGCAAAGCUGGUAUGAGAACUACCGAGGGCAGAACCAAGGUUACCAGGAGCUGGUGCGUCCUCCCCAGUCCCAUGCAAGUUCCUCUGAUUAUGAUGAUGUUUCUUCCAAUGCUUCAUGUAAGGGUCCAAAAAUCACUUCCCACUAGGCCCUUGCACUGCUUUACCCCUUUUCUACUGACUUUUCUACCAACUUGCUACUGGACUCUUGGACUGUUGUAUCCACUUCCUACUGACUGUUCUACUAACUGAUACUGGGCCCUUGGACUGUUAUACCUGCUUCCCACUGAUUGUUCUACAUUGCAGCCAUAUUUCUCAGCUGAGCCCACUCUACACGGUGUUGAGACCUAAGUUAUGGUCUCCAGCAAUCAUCAGACUAUCGCACCCCCGUUAGUUCCGCCACUGCUUAUAACCUUUCUGGAAGGCAAACCCUGCUGGUCUGUGUGAGUGUCUGGAGGGACUACUACUCAGUGAUUGAGAGGUUUCUGGGUGAUUACUUUGUCUAUGUGGGAUAUUUUGUGGUCAUUGGUUGAGAGUGAAACAUUACACCAGUUUUGGGGAAAAUUAACGGCCGGCUACCUGUGGAUUUACCCACAUCAGGAAAUUUCCCAGUGUGGAGAAAUAGUUCCAUUUGGUGUUAUAAUGUUUAAUAAAAUACACUAUAACCA